UAAUUUCAAAAAUCAAAACACAGUGGUGAGAAAGUGCUGCAGUAUCAUAUCGUGAUAUCGCAAAGUAGUUACGAAAAAUUGCUACGUGGUGUUCCGAUAAAGAAACGAAGAGACCAUAAAAAGCCCGAGAAAGUUUGUGGAGCGUGAAAAAGAUUGAGAGAUUGUGCGUGCGAGGUGAAACAGAUCGGUAAAGUGUGUGCAACGUGAAAGAAGAUUGAGAAGGCUUGUCUGUCCUGAAAGUUGAUUGAGAAAGUUUGUGCUUCGGGAAAAAAAAUCUCAAGAAAGUUUGUGUGACGUGAAAAAAAGGUCGAGAAAGUUUGUGCGACGUGAAAAAAGACCGAGAAAGUUUGUGCGACGUGAAAAAAGGUCGAGAAAGUUUGUGCGACGUGAAAAAAGGUCGAGAAAGUUUGUGCGACGUGAAAAAAAGCUCGAGAAAAUUUGUGAAGAGAUACAAGAGUUACAAAAAAGAACGGGAAACGUUACGCGUCUUAGAAAAACAACGAGAAAGUGUGUGCAGUGAUACAAGUCAACGACAAAGUGCCUACGUCAGCGUUUGAGCUGAACAUCGCCUUCCGGCGGCCGACGUUGAAAGUGAACGUGACGCGCACGGGUUUGGAACAGAGAUCGAUGUGUGCGCAAGAGCAGCAACCUUAGAGCUUCAGGUCACGUGGAACGCAAUCUCUCGAGCCCCGUGCAAGCGCGAGAGGCGGCGCGCAACAGGUUGGCAGCAGUGGACGUCUCGGGUUCUCCCCGUCAAUUUCCCUUCCCGCAAAGUUAGAUACAGGAGUUGUGAAUGAUUUAUGCACAACACUGAAUAACAGCAUUACGACCAGUUAUACAAAGUUUGUGAAAAAGAGCUACCCUGAGCUUCCCUUGUUUUAAUGCCUGCUUAAACAUCGAUGUUGCUGAAAUAAAUUGAAAUGUGCUACUGAAUAGGCAUUAAGAAACGUUACUGAAUGAUCACUGUGAUACCUGAGAGGUAGACCUGUUUUACUUCAGAACAUUAUCUUGAUACAAACUACGUUUCUUCCAAAACCUCGAAAACAAAACGUAGCUUCAUAAAACUAGUCGAUUAGCCAAUAUUUUAAAAUCGUGUUUUUAAAAAACCAACUGUGUACAUCGAAGAAGAAAUACUCAUUUGACGUAAAGCUCUGUUAGUACCUUACGAAUUAAACUGAAAGCAAAACUAAGAUAAUAAACAACAUAAAGGACCGUUAAGCAUCAAGAAUUAUCAUCGAUACGUCGCGAUACGUCGCGACGAAGAGUCAAUAGUUAAAUUCGUCAGGUUUUGUAAGCUAUGAUCAUUUUUAUGUGAUGAAGUAAUGUGAUUUCUUGUGAUAUUUCAAUACUAUGUUACGAAUUAAUUUGUAAACAAGAGUUUCAAAACUUUAAAGUGCCGCGGAGUUACACAAACAGUUGAUAUGCUGCCCGCAACGAAAACCCAAUUCUUGAGUUCCUAUUCGUAAUGUUUCAUCAGAACCUUACGGACUAAACGGUGUGCACAAAAAGUUCGAAAAACUUGCAAAAAGAGACUUUCCGCCAUGUUGCCGGCGUCGACGACGGUCGAGUCGAUUCCGGAAGCGGACGAGGACUCGCGAGUGUCGUCCCGGCUGGACGGGCCGGCGCCCGACGACCUCAAGGAGGCGGACGAGGAGGACGGGGUGGCGUUGGAGGUCGUGCCGCCGCAGCACCAGCGCCCUCUGCAGAACGGGGUGGCCAGCCCCUCCUACCUGGACACGUAUGCCGAGGCGGACGCCGCUUGGAACGAGAUGCUGGCGGCGGACGGGGCGUCGCUGCGCGCGCGCGUGGCGGACCUGGAGCGGCGCGCGCUGGCGCAGGGCGACGAGAUCCUCUGCCUGCGCGCCACCCUCGCCGACGUGCUGCGCCGCCUGGCGCUCUGCGAGCAGGCGCACGCCGGCCCCGCGCACUCGCCCGCGCACCACCAGGGUCGGCCGUCGCCGCAGCACUACGCCGGAGGCAUCCCGGUGCGCAACGGGGCGGGCGCCGCGGGCUCCCCAUCGCACGCCGCCCACGCAGCCGCCCUCACCGCCUCCCCCAGCAGACAGGGUAUGAGCAACCACAUAACAAGUCCUCAGAAAGAGUCUCCCAGUCUGCGCCUCAGGCAGCCUGCCUAUUCCGGCAGCCCAGAAGCCAAGGAUCCCUUAAGGAGAGCAUCAAGUUACGCACCAUCAUCCUUGUCGCAGAGACGCGUCGUCCACUACCAGUCUACAGGAUCCCUCCACUCAGACAGCCAGAGUUCAAACAGCGUGUCCCCUGUCCCCACAUCUCCUUCGCCCACCCACACCCCCCCUGCCCGAGCCUCCCCAGCACCUCGUUCCACCUCCCAAGGCCACAUGACAGUAAGACAACAGCAGCUGCAGCAAUAUCAAAUGCAGCAACAACAACAACAGCUGCUUCUGCAGCAGCAUCAGCAACAACAGCAACAGCAACAGCAACAGCAGAAGGCAGCAUCAACCACCAACUUGCACACUGCCAAGAGGUGGAGCUCGACGGGUGAUUUCAACAAUCCUGGCAACGAAGUCACUGUUCAAUCUGUAUAUGAAGCCAGCACCCCAGCAGCCUCAGCUGAAGCAUGGCCACAUAUCCGCAUCUGGAACUCCGUGAGCUUAAACACUGUGUCAGUGAUUGGUAUUGGAGAAUUUGAACGAUCCAUUUGUUGCCUUACUUUCUCCAAAGCGGAUGGUGGAGUGUUACUUUGCGCAGUGGAUGAAGCUCCCGAUCACAAUAUUUCUGUUUGGGACUGGCAGAAGGGAGACCGUGGUCUUAAGAUAACAGAGACAAAGUGCUCAGCAGACACUGUGGUGGCAGCAGAAUUCCAUCCUAUGGAUCGCCAGUCAAUUAUCACUUGUGGGAAGUCGCACAUUAAUUUCUGGACUUUGGAUGCCGGUGGGACUCUGUACAAACGAAUGGGGAUCUUUGAAAAUCGAGACAAGCCCAAAUAUGUGACCUGCUUGGCAUUUACACAGACUGGAGAUGUCAUUUCUGGAGAUUCCAAUGGCAAUGUAAUCAUCUGGGGCAGAGGUACCAACACAAUAUCAAGAUUUAUUCGCAAUGUGCAUGAAGGUUCUGUGUUUUCUAUAUGUGUUCUGAAAGAAGGCAGCAUAGUAACCGGAGGAGGAAAAGACGGGCGACUUGUUCAAUUCGACUCGCAGUUCAAUGCAACUGGUCUUGAGACUCAAUUGGUGGAGCAUGUAGGAGCCGUGCGUGUAGUGGCGGAGGGUCGCGGCUCGCAGCUGUUGGUAGGCACCACUCGCAACUGCAUUCUGCUGGGCACGCUCGAACUGGGCUUCUCCCCUGCAGUGCUAGGCCACACGGACGAGCUCUGGGCAGCAGCUGCCCAUCCGUCUCUGCCGCAGUUUCUCAGCGGAGGCCACGACCGCCUCUUGCAGCUGUGGGAUGCGCAGAGUUGUUCGACUGUGUGGAGCAAGGACCUCGGGGAACCUCUUCAGUCAGCUGCAUUCUCUCUUGAUGGUUCCAUAAUUGUGGUUGGUUGCACUUCUGGUCGAUGGAUGGUAGUGGAUGCUGAGACAAGAGAAGUAUAUUCAGUACACACUGAUGGAAAUGAACCAAUCCAGGUUGUAAAAUUUUCCCCUGAUGGCAACUUCUUAGCAUUAGGUUCAAGGGAUAACAAUAUUUACAUCUAUCAGGUUACAGAUGACGCAAGAAAAUUUAAUCGUGUAGGAAGAUGCAUGGGUCACUCCAGCUUCAUUACUCACCUUGAUUGGUCCACUGAUAGUCAAUACAUCCAGAGCAAUUCUGGAGAUUAUGAAUUACUUUAUUGGAAUGCUGGCCUCUGCCGACAGAUUCCACAAUCUUCCACACUCCGUGAUGUGGAGUGGGCCAGCAAUACAUGUACUCUUACUUUCAACACAGUGGGCAUAUGGCCUGAAGUCUCUCUGUCAUGCCUACGGGGGGCAUAGCAGUCAUGUGACAAGUGUCAUCUUCCUGCAUGAUGAUUCCAGACUUAUCUCCAGUGGAGGGAGAGACACUAGCAUCAUGCAAUGGAUGUUGGUAUGAGUUACAAUAUUAUUGUUAAUAUCUGUAAACUCAAAGAAUCUGAAGAUGCUAGUUUUAACCUCAUUUUCAGAAAUUGGCUUCUUUUGUGAUGUAAUAGUGAGUUUGUUUAAUAUCAUUGUGAAUUUUGGAAUAUAUCUUAGAGAUUUAGUACCUCAGCGAUUCAUGUAUAGCUUCACAUAUUAAGAUUAUACAUUGUUACUAAAUGUUACUGGACAUGUAUUUACCACUUGCUGCAGGUUAUUAUAAUAUUCAUUGUAUUUUUUGUGACCAUGACAUUGCUCUUGUCUUCACAACCAAUUCUUAAAACCUUAUAAAAAUCCACGCCCUUAAGAAGGCCUUCAGAUACAUGUGUGUUUGCAUUUUACUAGUUACAAAUGCCAUAGACAAAUUAUGCCAAAAAAAGAAUUACUUUGGUAAAUGAUCACUGGCUCAAUAUGAAUCCUGAAAUGAAAGUGCAAAGAAGUGUAUAUGAAUAAUAGUAUAAGAAGUCAAUCAUGAACAUGACAAAUAAAAUACUGUACCAUGUGGAUUAUUUGCUUGUCGUGAAAAAUCCAUAAUUACACUCUGAAACUAGUCAUACUAGGUAUCUAUCGAACAAAAGAAGCAUUUAUCUGGAAAUUUGGAUAGAGCUUGAUUUGUAGAAAGAGUAUGAAGAGCAGAGAAGAGUAUUUUAAGAUAAAUGUAAUUUAUUCUUGUAUACUGCAUCCUUAUAAUGAAUUGCCUGUUGAAAAAAUGUAGAGAUUACAAUUAAAAAGGAGAAAAAAAAGUUGAAUAUGGAGUGAAUAUUACUUGUGUUUAAUCUCGUCAUCUCAGUUUUUCUUACUUAAAUAGAAAUACAAUUUCAAAGAAAAUUUGCUAGUACAUUAUGAAAUCAUAGUUGUAUAAGUAUAUUAUUUUUGUAAGUGUUUUCACAACUGUAAAUGAAUCUUUGUAAUUCUGAAUGAAAGAUGUGUGUGUAAAGCAAAGUCAAAUGAACAUGUGUACUGUAAUAGAUAUAAACCUAAGUAAAUUUGCUUCUGUAAUUCAGAAUGCAUUUUUUACUAUGUGUAAAGUGAUAGAUGCUUAUACUAAGUGUAUGCAGUGUCUACUUGUACCAAUAGUUUCGCUUUCAUUAUGAAAGAUUUGUAAAAAUUAAAUUUAACUAUAAUCUGUAUUUUAAUUUAUACACUAAAGAAUCUCUUUAUAAUAUAUAUAUUCUUUGGCAUAACUUUAUAUGUACACAAACUGCAUGCCAAUAAAUUUAUAUUUUAUUGAAAAUAGGCCUGAAAAUGUAUGCCUUUGAGAGUCAAACUGAAAGUUUUGUAAUCGUCUUUGCAUGAAUACGGUGAAGCAGCUGAAGUAUUAGAAUUAUAUAUGUAUAAACAUGGUUUUAUUUAAGAUUAUCUUAAUUAGUAUCUUAACUCUGCUUCAGUUAAUUAUCAUUUGGAAAUCUUCAACUAUCUCUUGGAAUUAUUUUGUAUGUUUAAGCAUUAGCAUUUCAAGAAUGAAGUGAAAGGCAGGGUUCUGUCAUUAGAUAAAUUAGUAGUAAUAAGAAGAUACAGUACUUUUCAGCUGCUACACUUUCCUUUUGUAAUGUAUUUUUCACAAAGCUAACUUAUUAAUUCUGUAUACACAUAUUGCCUUCGCUUCCAUCCAUAGUAUGUGAUAAUACAUUUAAUAACCUAUAAAUAAUGGUGAAUGAAAAUGUACUUUUCUGUAAAUAUAUACUGAAGAGAUCACUUUUAAUGCCGUGCAGUGUAGCCCACAAAGGAUUUUUAUCAUAAUUCUCUUGUGGUUUUUGUCAAUUCAUCAUGUUAAUAUUGAAUUGUGCAAAACUGAAAAUAGAAAAUCAGCUGUGAAACAAGUUAUUGAAGUUUUUAAAGACUAGUUCCAAUUUGCCAAAUAUUUGCAUGUCCAUUGUUGAAGCAGAUGUCACUGUAAAAUGGUCUUGUGUUUUUAAAUUGUUCGUUACAUUUCAUAUGAUCUUUCAAAAAAUACUUUACGACUACAAUAAUCUUUCAGAGCACAGAAACCGCCUGUUAUUUUUGUCACUCAUAAUGAAUGGUGUAAAAACAUUUAUUUAUGCAGACUUACUUGGUCUUUUGUGCCAAGUAAAAAUGUUUGUUUAAGAAAUGUACUGGUACUCAAAUGAUAUCUUUUAUUUAUUUUCUCAUUUUGAAGACCUACCCUUUCAUCUUUUCUUGAAGGGUUUUUGUUGGUUUUUUCCCCCUCCCUAUUUCAUACUGAAAUAAUUAAGGCAACUAAAUUAAUUUACUUCAGGGAGAUUUCCACUUUCUUAAGUUACUUUAUAAUCAUAGGCCCUAUAGACAAGUGCAUUGCUAUAAGAAAGUUUAAUUCAUAAUAUGUUGUUGUCAUCUUUAUAUUUAAAUAUUUCAUUUUCAGAUUCACAUUUAAACAUAGAUAAUUCUAUAAAAAAUUCAGUAGAAUCCCAGUUUUCUGAACUAAUCUGGGAUGAGGUCUGAUCAGAUUUGAAAGUGUUCAUAUUAUCUGAAAAAUGUAGCAUACAUAUAUAAACACCUCUAUAGGAUUACCAAAAUCAAUGUAACAUAAUGUAGCAAUCACAUCAUCACAUCGCAUCAUCAAGCAGAUCCUUAGAUUGCAAAAGAUUACAGAUUUUGCAAGUUCGUCUAAGUGAAAAUUACUUCUACAUAAAUAGGAGAUAUACACCGUAGUUACCAGUGCAAUAAAAGAUUCGUUUUGGCAACUUGUUUCAGUAAUUAGUUGUUCAGUUCCAUAGUAAUUAUAAAAUUAUUUCUUUACACUACAUAUAAGCAUCUUAUUUAUUUUGUUUAUUUUUCCUCCACCUCGAAUUUGGUUCGAAUUAUCCGAAAUUUCAGUGUUACGGGAUUUGGAUUAGCAGGGUUCUACUGUAUGUUAAAAAAACUCUUCUAAAAUUGUUCUAUUUAAAAUUUGAAAUAACUCUCUCAAGUUGUUAAGUAAUAUAUCACUAUUUAAAACUGUGAACUUGAAAUUUUGUUCUAUAACAUUUUGCUUCUUUUACUUUCUCUGUUUUAAUAAAAUAUUGUAUAAUAAAAAUUUUGGGUUGAUGAAAAUUGAUAUGUCACAUGUUUUUGUG